UUAGAAACAGAAAUACAACCAUGUUGCCGAGGGCGCCACCUACCAGAGUAUAGCAAACAUCUUAAAUGUCAUCACAAUGACAGCUGUCAACUCGAUUUUCCUUUCUUUCCGGUGACUGCUCCAAUAAAGACGCUAAAGAUGUUUAUGCCCAAGGCUCAUCGCGUUGCUAUCUACGAAUACCUCUUCAAAGAGGGUGUUAUCGUAGCCAAAAAAGAUACCCAUGCCCCCAAGCAUCCUGAACUUGAGAGCAUCCCCAACUUGCAUGUCAUCAAAACAAUGCAGUCCCUCCACUCCCGUGGCUUGGUUAAGGAACAAUUCGCCUGGAGACAUUACUACUGGUACUUGACCAAUGAAGGUAUCGAAUUCUUGCGCAGUUACUUGCACUUGCCCCCUGAAAUCGUUCCCGCCACACUUAAGCGUCCCACCAGACCCGAAACUGUGCGUCCCCGCCCAGCUGCUGCCGGUCAGCGUACCGCCGAUGCCAGCAAAACUGGUGAAGAUCGUUCCGCUUACAGACGUGCUCCUGGUGGCGCUGAUAAGAAGGGUGAUGUUGGCCCUGGCGCUGGUGAUGUUGAAUUCCGUGGAGGUUUCGGUCGUGGUCGCCCCCAAUAAACUACUAGUUGACAUUUGGUGAUUAGGACAUCACCCGGCUAGACGUAAAUCUUUUUAAUUUCAUAAAGAGAUGUGUUUUCUAUUUUAAAUGAUAAACAACAAAAUACAAAAAAGAUACAGAAGAAACCAACACUAAAA